UUUGGGGGUGCAGCGGGUAUGAGGGGGUCGAGCCGGGCAGACGCGCGCACUCAUUCCCACUACAUGGAGCACGGCAGCUGUUCACCGAGCACCGCGGCUCUGAGAGCGGCCGGAGCGGGAUGGAGGCGUUCCGUCUGCGCGGAGAAGUUUUGAGGAGGAGCGGGCGUGAGAGUGAGAGAGAGAGAUACUCUGCUAGUUCCUAGAACAAAGCCCUCAGGUCUGUCUUUGUUAAAAACACAUCAUGCCUUGAUGGCUGAAGAGAGAUUUGCUAAAAUUGACUUCAGAGGCACUCCUUGAAGGUUCAGCAUUCUACCUCCUGACCGGAGAUCUGCUGAAGAUUCAUGCUCUGCUGAUUUACUGAGCAAGGGAAGGACAAGGCCCUAACCUCCGCCCCCUGAAAUUUAUUGGAAACUACUACUGUGGUUUUGGAGUGAGGAGUCUACAGUGGAGAUCGCCAUACCUUCUACAAAAAAAGGCCCCUCUGGCAGAGGCCUGUGAGAUUCCACAAACAAGUCUACAGAGACAGGGCGUGGACAAGAGAGAAGUGUGAAAAGUAGAGAAUAAAUGUGUUAGCCAUUCCUGGAUCAUUCCUGCACCCCCCCUCCCUAAGCCUUCCAUCUUUGCUGAUGCUCUUCUGGAGCCUGAAACUCUCCAGACCAGUGAAAACCAAGGAAUAAUCUCUUUUUCGACAUGAUAUUGUGUUUUAUUACUUUUUAUUGAGGCUAUGUCCCUGUUGUUGGUAUUACUGGGACAGACAAGUUGCUGAAAGCGAUUUCCACCAUGUCAUGGAAAAGGAACUACUUUGCAUCUGGCAGCAGUGGGCUGCAGGGCAUCUUUACCCCACGGACCAUGACCUCUAUUGCUCCAAGCAAGGGGCUCAGCAAUGAACCAGGUCAAAACAGCUGCUUUCUCAACAGUGCUCUGCAGGUCCUCUGGCAUCUGGAUAUUUUCCGCAGAAGUUUCCGGCAACUAACGACACACAAGUGCAUGGAGGACUCGUGCAUCUUCUGUGCUCUCAAGAGCAUCUUUGCCCAGUUCCAAUUCAGCAGUGAGAAGGUGCUGCCAUCAGAUGCCCUGCGCACUGCUCUGGCCAAGACCUUCCAGGACGAACAGCGAUUCCAGCUGGGCAUCAUGGACGACGCUGCUGAGUGUUUUGAGAACAUCCUAAUGCGUAUCCACUUUCACAUUGCGGAUGAGUCCAAGGAGGACAUCUGUACAGCCAAACACUGCAUUCCACACCAGAAGUUUGCCAUGACACUCUUUGAGCAGUGUGUUUGCGGUAGCUGCGGAGCAUCGUCAGACCCACUGCCCUUCAUUCAGAUGGUGCACUACAUCUCCACCACCUCUCUCUGUAAUCAGGCUGUACGGAUGCUGGAGAGCAGGGAGAAGCCAACUCCAGACAUGUUUGGGGAGUUGCUGAGGAAUGCAAGCACUAUGGGAGACCUCCGCAACUGUCCUGGAAAUUGUGGAGAGAAGCUACGUAUUCGUCGUGUGCUCAUGAACUCUCCAGAGAUCAUCACCAUUGGGCUGGUGUGGGAUUCUGACCAUUCUGACCUAGCUGAGGAUGUUAUCCACAGCCUGGGCACCAUCCUGCGCCUCGGAGAUCUUUUCUACAGGGUGACUGAGGAGAAAGCCAGGCAGGCGGAGCUCUACCUAGUGGGCAUGGUGUGUUACUACGGCAAACACUACUCCACAUUUUUCUUCCAGACUAAGAUCCGCAAGUGGAUGUAUUUUGAUGACGCACAUGUCAAAGAGAUUGGACCAAAGUGGAGGGAUGUUGUGUCCCGUUGUAUAAAGGGCCAUUACCAGCCGCUGCUGCUGCUCUAUGCUGACCCCCGGGGGACACCAGUGUCCGUGCAGGACCUGGCUUCCCGCCUAGAGCUGCACCACUACACCAAAACCUACUAUGACAGCGAGGAUUCAGGCCGUGAGCCGUCCAUCUCGAGUGACACACGAACAGACUCCUCGACGGACAGCUAUAGCUAUAAACACUCCCACUCCCACCAUGAGUCGUUGGCCUCACACUUCUCCUCAGACUCUCAGGGAACUGUUGUCUGCAACACUGAAAACUCUGCCUCACACAGCAGCCUAGACACUACAGGUCCUUUGACUGACAGUGAGUCCACACAGCGGCACACACUCAGAAAAAGUGGUACAGCAGACAGGAAGAACGGAAUCCUUGACAGGAAGAGGAGUGCCAGUCGCCCUCGACGAUUUGAAGAAAGGAGUCGGGGCUCAAAGACUGAUGAGGUGUCUUCUGCAGGAUACCACAGUGAGGGGGAGACUUUAAAAGAGCAGCAGGCCCCUCGCGCCACUCCCAAGAGCUCCAGCCGUCUGCGGGAUUUUAAGGAGACCAUGAGCAGCAUCAUCCUCAGUCGACCUCUUUCAGCCUCCUCCUCCAGCUCAGUAGGGCCUCCUGACUCUGGUGCCAAGAGUCAUGACUGGGAGGCUGACAGCACCAGCAGCGAGUCAAAGUCCAGCUCCUCUGGGGGGCGCUACCGGCCAGCCUGGAAGCCUCGCCGUGAGGCUCUAAACAUUGACAGCAUUUUCAGCAGGGAGCGGCGCAGACAGGCUGGCUACAGCCCAUUAGGCACCUCACUACCCGAGGAUGUGGGGACACGGAGAGAGUCACUGGGGUCUCUCGGGCAGACACCGUUCAACAGCAAUGCUGCAUCCAAGACUCUACCACCAUACCAGGGAAGGGGGUCAGAGCAGCCCCCACGGCUCAUUCAGAGAAUGGAGAGUGGAUAUGAGAGCAGUGAGAGGAACAGCAACAGUCCUGUUAGUCUGGACAUGCCUCUGAACGAGGCAGCCAGUAACGGUUUGAAUAGUUUGAAAGAUACGGUCUUGAUAAAGCCUCCGUCUGGUCUUGGUCCUUCAUGGAAGAGUGUGCAGAAGUCCAAGAGCAGCAGUGCCCUUCUGCAGGAUGUUAAAGCAUCCGUCAAAGGAAGCAGUCACAUGAGUUUAGUGGGAGAGGGCAGGAGUGAACUGGAUGAGCUGCAAGAGGAGGUGGCACGCAGGGCAAAGGAACAGGAGCUGCAGAGGAAGAAGGAGAAGGAAAGAGAAGCAGCCAUGGGCUUCAACCCCAGACCCAGCAAGUUCAUGGAUCUGGAUGAGCUGCAGAACCAAGGGAAGGGGGACAGUUUUGAGCGGUGUGUGCUGGAGGCCGAAGCACUUUUAGAUCAGUCUCUGAGGCUGGAGCAGGCAGGGGAGGUUGCUGCGGCUCUCUCUGUGGUAAAUGAAGCAGUGUCCAAACUCAGGCAUCCCAUGCAUGAGAGCAGUGCUAACGGGCAGGGCAGAACAGUGGCUGAGGCCCGACUGCAAAAGUGUAUGAGGAGAGCACGAGGCCUGCAGCAACGCAUGCAGCAGCAGGAGCAGCAGCACCAACAACAACAACAACAGCAGCAGCAGCAGGAGGAGGAGAGAGAGGAAGAGCAAGAGCAAAAGCUGUCUAUCAGUGAACAGCCUAUCAAGAUCCAAAUACUUCUGACGGAAGCCCAAGAGGAGUUUGUGGAAGCACUUUCAGAAGCUUCCUUAGGUCCACCUUCAUCUCUCCCCAUAAUGCCUCACUCCACUGCUCCCUCUUCCCCUUCUACUUCCCCUUCCCCUUCCAGCCCCUGGCACAUUUCACCCUCCAACUCUUUAGGCCUGGUGCCCAAGCACCAAAGCGGCUCAGGAGACAGCCCUGACCACCCUGCUGUAGCUGAUAACAGACCGAAUGAAUGGUCACGCUCAGACUCAUGGGAGCAUUCCACUGCCCCAGGUGGUUGUAUACAGUCAACUAGUAAACCCAGCACACCUCAGCCUUCCUCCCUGCCCAGAGACAGCCCUGCUACACAAACACACUGGACCAGCCAACACCCGCCUGUGUCCCAGAGCCUCAGUGCCCCUCACAUACACUCGCGCACUCCUUCAUCUUCCUCCAGUCAUCACUAUGAUCUGGAGGAAAGGCUCCAAUCUUGCCAGCCAUCACUCUGCAGCCCUCCGCAUUCUCAGCAUAGCCCUGUACCUGACAUCAGAGAGUCCAGCCCUCGCUCUGCUCCUCCCGCAGCUCCAUGCAGCCGGCCCUGCAGGAUCCUCGAGCACCUAGACACAGGUCCAACAAAACAGGACUCUGUGCUCUACUCUCCAGCAGACCCUUGCCUUGCCCCCCACCACCCCUCUCCCCCACUGGAGCAUCAUCCAGCCAGGCCCAUGCCUGUGGAGCGCUGGGCUGAAAACGUCACUAAAUAUUAUAACUCCCAAAACGCUCUGCAGUCGUUCUGCAGCUCACCCGGCGAGCAGGUAUCUGAGCUAGAGUCGCUGUACAGGGCCAGUCUGCAGGCUCCCAGCAUGCCUCGAGGCCCCCGUGGGCCCAGUCCACAGCCCACUGGGAGACAAGGCCCUGCUGCAGCUCGUAGACUCACAUCUGGACACUCUGGCAGCCUCGGCCGCUCCAAAACGCCUACCGCCGAGAUCGAGCGGAGUGCCUACAGGACGCCAGCAUAUACAAGCUCUCCAGCGCACAGACCUGUGACGGCUGCAGUGAAUGAGAUACCAGUGGGUGAGGAUGAAAUGUACAGUGCUGAGAAUCUGCGUCGUAUUGCUCGCAGUCUGAGUGGGACUGUCAUAGGAGGACGAUCUGACAACCUGGUCCCUUCUCGCAGCUUUGAACCACCUGCCACAAGGAUGGCUAAGCAUGCGGACCCACGUUCAGGCAUGCGUCACCUUAGCACGUCCCUGCAUGCUGCACCCUUUCCCCACAAUCCUUCAGUGUUCACCCACGAGCCCCAGCACCAGUACCUCCACUCAUCCCAGCAGCAUCGUACUCCACCAACACCUCCGUGCCAGCAGGCACCACGGCCCAGCACACUGGGGCCCUCUCGUGGACACCCAGGAAAUUCCCAAAAGGUCGACAAGUUUCUGGCUGUGCUUGACCGGGGUGAAGCUCAAACUCGCGAAAACUACCACAGUGUCGCAUUGAGCUAUGGCACGCUGCCCCGGGCUCCCCGAAGGCCUGCACCAUCUGGGCUCUCCCUUCCCCACGUCAGAGUUGGCCCUGAGGCCUGGAGCUACCCGGACUCCGGCUAUGCCACUUUGACUCACCCACGCCGUUCAGACCCUGCCAGCAGAGCCACGGAGACCGCUUACCAGCAGCCUCAGCGUCAUGGCCGUCCUGCUCCAGCAGCUCCACGCAUGAUCCCCCAGCACCAUGAGCCUGCAGUCAAACCCAUGCGCCUGGAUGUGCCCCCUGAGGGUGACUGGAGGACUGCCAAUUUCAGAACGGCUCCCAUGGACGCCCCGCCGUUCUGUAGACCAGACCCUCGCAGCAGACCAAUUCAUGGCCCCCCAACCCAACUCUGCUCACUGUGCCAGCAGAGCCCACCUGAACAUGGGAUCACCCAUUGUCAGGCCUGCCGAGUCUACAUGAACCACUACAGGCCAAUCAGCUGAGUGUUGCACACCACAUUCCGAAGAUGCCAGCUUCUUAUUUUACAUUCACACACAUGCCAAUCUAAUACUGCUUCAGGUGCCUCAGUGAGAAAAGGUUUGAAGGUGAUUUGUACCAGGCAAUUUCCACAGCCUGCUCCUUCAACCUGUCCCUGUUUGUUGUGGGUUUUUUUUUUAAUGCUACCAUUUUUACUGAUGAAGAACAGCCUCUAGCUGGAGCUAUAUUGCUUCAGAUCUGCACUGUGUGCACCAUGCUGGCCGAAGAGUAUGACUAUUUUGGAAUCUGUGCUGUUUGAAGCUUUUUAAAGUUGAAUUAUUGACUGAGGUUAGAACCUAAUCCAUUCCUUGAAUGGCUUUGCCAGUGUGCGAUUGGUAUUUAGUACUUAGUUUAUUAACAAAGCUACAGUGUUUUAACUACGGGAAGAGCAUGUUUUGAGGACAGAAAGCACACAUUCAAGUUAAAAACUGAGAUAUAUAUUUUUUUGAUUACUGAAUCAUGGGCCUGCAUUAAAGAGCAGGUAGUUUCUCCUGUAGCACAGAUUGUUGAAUGUUACUCUGCUUAAUGGAGUAAUAAGCAGAAUGUUCAAUUAAAGCAUACUAUUUAGAACGAAUUGUGAGAAUUGAGUAUAAUCAUUUACAGCAGUAACAUAGAAUGCUAAACUGUGACAAGAAGUGAGGAGUCGUAACAGCCCUUGACCUGGGAAAAUGGCUUUAUUUUUUAAGAGUUGCUAGAGGCAACGCUUUCUUGACCAGGGUCAUGACAGCCAUGUGGCAACUGAAAUGCGCUACAUGAAAAAUAAUGGGCCUGUCUAUGUACUUGGGUGAGUAAUGAACUGGAGAAGGCAUGAAUAAUAUUUCUGAAAUCUGAAUGAACAGUGUUAACACGCCACACUUCAACAAUUCAAAGUAAUUCACUUUUUAACCCUUUAAAUUCUUAGUCUUACUUAUUCAGUAAUUACAUUGAAACACAGUUUGAACUGGAUGAGUUUUUUCUUAGGUCACAGGACUAGUCAGGGAGCUAAGCCUCAAAUAACAUCUUUUAGCAGUGAGUUUGAUAGCAAGUGGUCUUCUCUGUGAAGUUGAUACUGCAUUGUUGAGAAACAUUUCUAAGACUCUGCUUUAAAUAAAGUUGUGUAAUACUAGACAGUUUGAGAAAUGAAUAGGUGCUUUAAUGUAAGCGUAUGGUCCAAUUGUUCCAAGUAAACAUUAUGUAUUUCAAGUGGUUGAAACACAGCUAGAUGUAUACAGUACUUAUAUCAUCUUGACCUGGACCAGAAGGUGAUGCGAGUGGACCUGCUGGGCUUUUUUUGGGUGAGCGGUAAACUACAACUGAAUUAAUUCAAAUGUCUUACAGCGAUGCUUGUGUCUUAGAAGACGUCUUAGAACAGUUACUAUUGCUCAGCUACAAUAGCUACAUUUUUAUAUAUACAAAUAUAUAUUUAUAUAUACAUAUGCAAUGUUGCAAGACCUGCAUUCCUCUAAAUGAGCAGCAUAUACUAACCCUACUUGGUUGUGUGAUUUUGCUUGACUAUGUUAACACUGAUUUAGUGCACUUCACAAGUGUUAAGUUAGAAAUGUACCUCUGUUGUAAUGUUUCCCAUAAUUAUGGGAUAUUCAAGAUAUUUCGAUGUUUAUAUGUGUAACUGCGUAAUCUAUAGAUCUAUAUCUUAUAUGUAACAAUAUACACAAAGUUUCUGUGCUGUACACAGAGUAUACAGCCAGUCAGUAUUUGCUGAAGUACUGAACUGUAGUUAAAAUAGGGAAGCAGAAUUAAAACUGGUAAUUGGCUCA